GCUGCCUGCCUGGCUUGGUCUGCAGUCCCUGCCACAAACGACUUACACUUCUUGUUCACCACUUGCAGUACUGCGACUGUUCAACGCUAUUGAUAUCAAAUCACUCCUCGAGAAGACAUAGAGGCAUUGAAGGUCCAUCAUGGGUGCCCUUCUGUCUCUGCCUUUGCUGGCAAUCCCGAGCGCCAGCACGCUCAUCACCCUUGCGACUUCCUGCUGCGGCGCUGCGACCUGUUCUGCAGUAUGUAGCGCAUGUGGCAAGUUCCAGAAUAGCAUGGCGACGAGAAUUGCCUACGCUUUCAUCCUCCUGUUCAACUCAAUCGUAUCCUGGAUCAUGCUCACGCCCUGGGCGCUCAAGAAACUCCAGCACAUGACUUUGGACUAUAUGGAAAUCCGGUGUGAUGGCAAGGAAUGUCACGGAUGGGUCGCGGUGCAUCGCAUCAACUUCGGUCUUGGCCUGUUUCAUUUGAUCCUCGCCCUCGCCCUGCUCGGGGUGAGGUCCUCCAAGGAUGGCCGUGCCGUCCUGCAGAAUGGGUUCUGGGGUCCGAAGAUCAUCCUGUGGCUCGCCCUCGUGGUCACGUCCUUCUUCAUCCCGGAAUCGUUCUUCUUCGUCUAUGGCCACUACAUCGCCUUCUUCUGCGCCAUGCUUUUCCUGCUCCUCGGGCUGAUCCUCCUCGUGGACCUGGCCCACUCUUGGGCCGAAAUCUGCCUGCAGAAGAUCGAGGACCAGGACUCCCGGACUUGGCGCGGUCUGCUCAUUGGCUCGACCGUGGGCAUGUACCUGGCAUCGCUCGUCAUGACGAUCCUGAUGUAUGUCUUCUUCGCCCACAGCGGAUGCUCCAUGAACCAGGCUGCGAUUACGAUCAACCUCGUCAUCUUCCUGAUCAUCUCGAUCAUCUCGGUGCAGCCCAUCGUGCAGGAGUCCAACCCCCGCGCGGGACUGGCCCAGGCCGCGAUGGUGACGGUCUACUGCACGUACCUGACCAUGUCAGCUGUGUCCAUGGAACCGGACGACCGGCACUGCAACCCGUUGAUUCGGGCGCGGGGCACCCGCACCGCGAGCAUUGUGCUGGGCGCGAUCGUCACGAUGGCCACGAUCGCAUACACCACGACGCGGGCGGCCACUCAGGGGAUCGCGCUGGGGUCCAAGGGCGGGAAUAGCUACUCGCAGCUGCAGUCGGAUGACAACGAGCACGGCCUCGUGACCCAGCAGCCCAGCAGCCGGCGGGAGAUGCGGGCCGAGGUGCUCCGUGCGGCAGUGGCCAGCGGCAGCCUGCCCGCCAGCGCCCUCGACGAGAGCGACGACGAGUCCGACGAGUACGACACCAAGGACGACGAGAAGGGCUCGACGCAGUACAACUACUCCCUGUUCCACAUCAUCUUCUUCCUGGCGACCACCUGGGUGGCCACGCUGCUCACGCAGAACCUGGACCCCGAGGCGGCCGACGACUUUGCGCCCGUGGGCCGGACUUACUGGGCCAGCUGGGUGAAGAUCAUCAGCGCCUGGGUCCACCAAAUCCAAUCCGGCCAAGUCAUCACCGACCUCUGCUCCGUCGCGAAGGAGCUGGUCGAAAACAGCCUCGAUGCCGGCGCCACCUCCAUCGAGGUGCGCUUCAAAAACCACGGGCUCGAUCUCAUCGAGGUCCAAGAUAACGGCAGCGGGAUCGCGCCGGAGAACUAUGAGAGUUUGGCGCUCAAACACCACACGUCCAAGCUAUCGACCUUCACCGACCUGAACACGCUGCACACCUUCGGCUUCCGCGGCGAGGCGCUCUCGUCGCUGUGCGCGCUGUCCAGCUUCCACGUCGUGACGGCCCAGGCGCACCAGGCGCCCAAGGCGACGCGGCUGGACUUCGCGCCGUCCGGCCGGCUCCAGAAAACGCAGCUCGUGGCGGGACCGAAGGGCACGACCGCGGCGGUGGCACAGAUCUUCCGGGGCCUGCCGGUGCGGCGGCGCGAGCUGGAGAAGAACCUCAAGCGCGAGUACGGGAAGGUCGUGAGCCUGCUGCAUGCGUACGCGUGCAUCAGCACCGGGGUGCGGUUCAGCGUGCGCAACAACACCACGACCACCGGGAAAAGCGGUGCCGCGCAGCGGAAUGUGGUGGUGUUUAGCACGAAUGGGAACGCCACGACCAAGGCCAACCUGGCGAACGUGUACGGGGCGAAGACGCUGGCGGCGCUGAUUCCGCUGGAGCUGCGGCUGGAGUUCGCGGGCGGCAUCGCGGUGCGCGGCCAUGUCUCCCGGCCCGUCGUCGGGGAGGGGCGCCAGACGCCCGAUCGCCAGAUGUUCUUUGUCAAUGCGCGGCCCUGUGCGCUGCCGCAGAUCGCCAAGGCGUUUAAUGAGGUCUAUCGCUCGUUUAAUGUCGCGCAGUCGCCGUUUGUGUUCGCCGACUUGGAGAUGGAUACGGCGGCGUAUGAUGUGAAUGUGUCGCCGGAUAAGCGGACGAUCUUGCUGCAUGAUGCGGGUCUGUUGAUUGAGGAGUUGAAGAGGGCGCUGGUGGAGUUGUUUGAGAGGGCCGAGCAGACGGUGCCGCAGGCGCAGGUGGUGGCCGCGGGGAGGCAGUCGCGGUUGCAGGGUCUGGGUUCUGGUCGGGCGGUUGCGGAUGAUGCUGGGAUGGGCGAGGAGGAGGAGGUGGAGGAGGAGGAGGACGGGGACAAGCCACAGAUCAAGACGAAGGGUGUAGUACAAACCAACGCUCAGGAUCGGAUGAAGAGCUUCUUGAGUGGACUUGGGGCUGGAGGGACUCGUGAAGAGCCCGCUGACGAUGCCUCGAACGAAACACAAGAAGCUGUGUCUGCGGAACCACAGUCUCAGCCUGACGUGUCGGAAGAGGCAGAAGAAGACAACGAGCUCUUUGUGCGGCAGAGCAGCACGCCACCAAUGUCUCGCGAGACGGCUGGUGGCUCUACACAAGACUCUCAAGCGAUCGCUCCGUCAAGUCCUCCGAUUCCCUCAACACAGGACUCAGAGAUCCCGGAAGAAACGCCGAGUAUCGUGCAGAACGCCUUCGAUCGCAUGCGGCCCAGACGCAUGCCGGCCGAGAUCGCCACGAUCACCAUUGGUGACCGGACCGUCACCUCCGUGAUAGGAAGUGGUGUCCCGAAGAAGAGAUUCAGUGACUCCACCGGGCCAAGCGGCUCUACCAGGAAGAGGCGGAUACACACGCCGGCCCGGCCGAGUAUUUUUGGCAAGCACAUGCGCGACUUCGCCGCUCCGGGGUCUCAGCUGGCGCAGGACGAGAGUGAGGGGGAUGAGGAGAUUGAGGAUGAGUACUCUGAUGAAGUCGAAGAACAAGACGAGGUGGAUGAGGAUGCCGAAGUAGACGAGAUGGAGGAAGAUGAUGCAGAGCAGAUGGAAGAGACCGGCUCUGAAGCUUCUGCGCACUCCGGUCAUGAAAGUGAACACCCUGACGCCGCUGCCGAUGAGGCAACCGAUGAGAACGAAACUAUCACACAACCCGCGCAAGAACAUAUGACCGAGGAAGAGAAGAAGCAACAUGAAGAGGCCGAAGUGCAGCGGCUGAUCCAACAGGCGGAGGACAAGGCCGCCCUCCCGCACAACAGCGAGAAGCGGGCCAUCAAAAUGAACAAGGGCGCCGCGCACCGCGACUCCACGGUCCAGCUUGUGACCACUGUCGACGGCUCCCUACCCAAGAUCCAGUCCCGAUUCAGCCAACUCCAGACCUGCCUUCGUCGCGCGGAAGCCGACACUACUCAGAACCCAGCCGAGGUGGCGGGAACCCAGGCGACCGCGGAAGAGCGACUGUCGCUGACGGUCAGCAAGGACGAUUUCGCGCGGAUGCGGAUCAUCGGCCAGUUCAACCUGGGGUUCAUUCUGGCGACGCGACCCGGCGCCGGCGCCUACAAGGAUGAACUGUUCAUCAUCGACCAGCACGCCUCGGACGAGAAGUACAACUUCGAGCGGCUGCAGGCGGAGACAGUGGUGCAGAACCAGCGGCUGGUGCGGCCCAAGCAACUGGACCUGACGGCGGUCGAGGAGGAGGUGGUGAUCGAGAACCAGGCGGCGCUGGAGAAGAACGGGUUCGUGGUGGAGGUGGACGACAGCGGGGACGAGCCGAUCGGCCGCCGCUGCCGGCUGGUGUCGCUGCCGCUGAGCAAGGAGGUGGUCUUCGGGGAGCGCGACCUGGAGGAGCUGAUCGUGCUGCUGUCGGAGAUGCCCGCGACGAGCGGGAGCGAGGAAGUGCCCCGCCCGACCAAGGUGCGGAAGAUGUUCGCCAUGCGGGCGUGUCGGUCGAGCAUCAUGAUCGGGAAGAACCUGACGACGCGGCAGAUGCAGCGGGUGGUGCGCAACAUGGGCACGAUCGACAAGCCGUGGAACUGUCCGCAUGGGCGGCCUACGAUGCGACAUCUGAUGAGUCUGGGGGAGUGGGAUGAAUGGGAUGAAUGGGGGGCGGGGGAGGACGAGGGGCGAGAUCGGUUGGAUCUCUGGCGGGAGUAUUUUGAGGAGAUGGAGGAGGAGGAAGCUGAGGAUUAA